UCUCUCUCUCUCUCUCUCCAAAUAUUCUUUGCUUAGAUGCAAGUAAUAAUAUGAGUUGAACCUCGUAUCCCAUUUGUUUUCUUUUAAUCAUUAAUUGAGAAAUAAAGUGUCUGCUGCGAUUUGGGAUUUUGGGGCACUUGGCAGGUAUCCGAACGUUGUGAUCCCGAGUGAUACCCCACUAUACCCUUCGAGGCGUGGUCUCGCAGGUUAUUAAUCUCGACGUUGGCCUACGCCCUCGAUCGUCUUCAGAAAGAAGGAAAUUCCUUUAGAUUUCUUAGGGCAAGAGAGAGGGGGGGAAGAUGUCGGGGAUCGAGAUCAGCGAGCUGUUGGAGAAGUCGAAGGAACUGGACUUGCUGAGGAAGCAACAGGACGAUCACCUCCAGGAGAUCAACAAGAUCCACAAGAAGCUCCAAUCCACUCCAGAGGCGGUUGCUGAAAAAUCAGGAGAUAUCAUGUUAACUAGGCUCCGGAAUUUAUAUGUCACAGUAAAAGAACUCUCUGACAAUGAAGUGAGUGUUUCAAGUGCAUUGAUGAACCAUUUGGAUGCUUUACUACAAUCGGGACUUUCAGCUGCACAGAGGAAAAAGAUAGAAGUCAGUGAGCAGAAAAAGAAGCGAAUGAAGUCAGAAUCAGAUAUUUCUCGAUUUCCUUCUGCUGCAUCUAUGAGAAGCCAACUCGAGCAGGCUGCUAAUUUGAAGGGAGAGCAGGUGGCAGCUAGGGUCACUGAUGAUGCUGAAAAUGCUGAAAAGGAUGAGUGGUUUAUUGUAAAAGUAAUUCAUUUUGAUAAGGAUGCCAAGGAAUUUGAAGUGCUUGAUGAGGAGCCUGGUGAUGAUGAAGAAAGUGUUCAGAGGAAGUACAAGCUGCCUAUGUCACGCAUCAUUCCUUUUCCAAAGAAAAAUGAUCCUUCUAGUGCACUAGAUUUUCUCCCAGGCAGGCAGGUCUUGGCUGUUUAUCCUGGAACUACAGCUUUGUAUAAGGCAACUGUGGUCAAUCACCGUAAGAGGAAAUCUGAUGACUAUGUGCUUGAGUUUGAUGAUGACGAAGAAGAUGGAUCUUUACCUCAAAGAAGUGUACCAUUCUACAAGGUGGUUCCACUUCCAUAGGGCCAUCGCCGAUGAAGUGAAAUCAUGCAACUGCUAUUAGUCUUCAGAUAUUAAUCUUCAAGCUACAAAUGGACUCUCAUGAUGUUGUAUAUGUGGGCUGUUUAGGUGGUGCUUUGUUCAUUGUUUUACAGAGUCAUGUCUACUUCAUCAUGAUGCUCCCACAACACACUUGAGCUGUUGGAUCAUCAUCAUCAUUGCUGUCUUAACACAAGCAUCAUUCAAGCAUUAGAGCUAGUAAGUUAAUGUUAAAUCUAAAACAGAUUUUUGUCUGAUAAAUGUUAUGAACUUGUAAGUAACUUCAUGCAAGUAUGUCGUCGAUUUUGAAACUGGAGGGAGCUAAUUGUAGCAAAACUCAUUUGCUCCUCCUCCUUGUAUGUCAAAACUAAGUAACAUAUAUAGAGGCCUAUACAUAGGCUAUAAGCGCACUAGAUGGGAAAUGUAAAUGUUAAUUAUAUAGUUCUCUUGCUGCAAUGAUAUUCCUGCAGGGUGUUUUGUGAUCUUUUUCA